AUGUGGCGUGGAACUCAUCGUGGUUCAUCCUACAUCAUUCUUGCCUGUAAGAGCUUCAGGGAGCUGAAGCUGGACAAGGUAAAAGUCAAAUUAAAAUUCCCACACUGCCCCUGGAAUGGGAACACGCUGAGGACACCCUUACGCAUUUCUCCCUCUUUCCUGCCUUCAGGCCUCCUGGUGGGUACCCUUGAUGUCGUGUUGGACUCCAGUGCCCGGGUGGCUCCCUACCGGAUCCUGUACCAGACCCCAGACUCUUUGGUCUAUUGGACCAUCGCCUGUGGUGGUUCCAGAAAGGAAAUCACCGAGCACUGGGAAUGGCUUGAGCAGAAUCUGCUGCAGACACUGUCCAUCUUUGAAAAUGAGAACGAUAUCACCACGUUUGUGAGAGGAAAAAUACAGGGCAUUAUUGCCGAGUACAACAAAAUCAAUGAUGUGAAGGAAGACGAUGACACUGAGAAGUUCAAAGAGGCCAUCGUGAAAUUCCAUAGGCUGUUUGGGAUGCCUGAGGAAGAGAAACUCGUCAACUAUUACUCUUGCAGCUACUGGAAGGGGAAGGUCCCCCGUCAGGGUUGGAUGUACCUCAGUAUUAACCACCUUUGCUUUUAUUCUUUUCUUAUGGGAAGGGAAGCUAAGCUGGUGAUCCGGUGGGUGGACAUCACUCAGCUCGAGAAGAACGCCACGCUGCUUCUGCCCGACGUGAUCAAAGUGAGCACACGGUCCAGUGAGCAUUUCUUCUCCGUGUUUCUCAACAUCAAUGAGACCUUCAAGUUAAUGGAGCAGCUCGCCAACAUAGCCAUGAGGCAGCUCUUAGACAAUGAGGGAUUCGAACAAGAUCGAUCCCUGCCCAAACUGAAAAAGAAAUCUCCGAAAAAAGUGUCUGCUCUGAAACGCGAUCUUGACGCCAGAGCCAAGAGUGAGAGGUACCGUGCACUUUUCCGGCUGCCCAAAGAUGAGAAAUUAGAUGGCCACACAGACUGCACCCUCUGGACCCCAUUUAACAAAAUGCACAUUUUGGGGCAGAUGUUUGUGUCCACAAAUUACAUCUGUUUUACCAGCAAGGAGGAAAACUUGUGCAGCCUCAUUAUCCCACUGCGAGAGGUGACAAUUGUAGAAAAGGCAGACAGCUCCAGCGUACUCCCCAGUCCUUUAUCGAUCAGCACCCGGAACAGGAUGACUUUCCUGUUUGCCAACUUGAAAGAUAGAGACUUUCUAGUGCAGAGGAUCUCUGAUUUCCUGCAACAGACGACCUCCAGAAUAUACUCGGACAAAGAGUUUGCAGGGAGCUACAACAGUUCCGAUGACGAGGUGUUUUCCCGGCCCAGCAGCCUGGUGUCCUCCAGCCCCCAGAAAAACUCGAGCUCGGAUUCCGAGGGAGAACGCCAGUUCAACCUAAAUGGCAACAGCGUCCCCACGGCCACACAGACCCUGAUGACCAUGUAUCGGCGGCGGUCUCCCGAGGAAUUCAAUCCGAAAUUGGCCAAGGAGUUUCUGAAGGAGCAAGCCUGGAAGAUUCACUUUGCUGAGUACGGGCAAGGGAUCUGCAUGUACCGCACAGAAAAAACGCGGGAGCUGGUGUUGAAGGGCAUCCCGGAGAGCAUGCGGGGCGAGCUCUGGCUGCUGCUCUCAGGUGCCAUCAAUGAGAAGGCCACACACCCCGGGUACUACGGAGACCUCGUGGAGAAGUCCAUGGGGAAGUACAAUCUCGCCACGGAGGAGAUCGAGAGGGACUUGCACCGCUCGCUCCCGGAACACCCAGCUUUCCAGAAUGAGAUGGGCAUCGCCGCUCUGAGGAGAGUCUUAACAGCGUAUGCUUUUCGAAACCCUAACAUAGGGUACUGCCAGGCCAUGAAUAUUGUCACAUCAGUGCUGCUGCUUUAUGCCAAAGAGGAGGAGGCUUUCUGGCUGCUGGUGGCUCUGUGCGAGCGCAUGCUUCCUGAUUACUACAACACCAGGGUUGUUGGUGCACUGGUGGACCAGGGUGUCUUCGAGGAACUGGCGCGAGACUAUGUCCCCCAGCUCUACGACUGCAUGCAGGACCUGGGCGUGAUUUCCACCAUCUCCCUGUCCUGGUUCCUUACCCUGUUUCUCAGCGUGAUGCCCUUUGAGAGUGCAGUUGUGGUUGUCGACUGUUUCUUCUAUGAAGGAAUCAAGGUGAUAUUCCAGCUGGCCCUGGCUGUGCUGGAUGCAAAUGUGGACAAACUGUUGAACUGUAAGGACGACGGGGAGGCCAUGACCGUUUUGGGAAGGUAUUUAGACAGUGUGACCAAUAAAGACAGCACGCUGCCUCCCAUUCCUCACCUCCACUCCCUGCUCAGUGAUGACGUGGAGCCUUACCCCGAGGUGGACAUCUUCAGGCUCAUCAGAACCUCCUAUGAGAAAUUUGGAACGAUCCGGGCAGAUUUGAUUGAGCAGAUGAGAUUCAAACAGAGACUGAAGGUGAUCCAGACGCUGGAGGACACUACCAAGCGGAAUGUGGUACGAACCAUUGUGACAGAAACUUCCUUUACCAUUGAUGAGCUAGAAGAACUUUAUGCUCUUUUCAAGGCAGAACAUCUAACCAGCUGCUACUGGGGCGGGAGCAGCAACGCGCUGGACCGGCACGACCCCAGCCUGCCUUACCUCGAACAGUAUCGCAUUGACUUCGAGCAGUUCAAGGGGAUGUUUGCUCUUCUCUUUCCCUGGGCCUGUGGAACUCACUCUGACGUGCUGGCCUCCCGCUUGUUCCAGUUACUAGACGAAAAUGGAGACUCUCUGAUUAACUUCCGAGAGUUUGUCGCCGGGCUGAGUGCUGCCUGCCACGGGGACCUCACAGAGAAACUCAAACUCCUGUACAAAAUGCAUGUCCUGCCUGAGCCAUCUUCUGAUCAAGACGAGCCAGAUUCUGCUUUUGAAGCAACUCAGUAUUUCUUUGAAGAUAUCACCCCCGAAUGCACACAUGUGGUUGGAUUGGAUAGCAGAAGCAAACACAGCGCGGAUGAUGGCUUCGUUACCGUGAGUCUGAAGCCGGAACGAGGGAAGAGGGCAAAUUCUCAAGAAAAUCGUAUUUAUCUGAGGCUCUGGACUGCAGAAAAUAAGUCAAAAUCAAAGAAUGUAAAGGAUUUACCCAAAUUGAAUCAGGGGCAGUUCAUUGAGCUGUGUAAGACGAUGUAUAACAUGUUCAGCGAGGACCCCAACGAGCAGGAGCUGUACCAUGCCACCGCAGCGGUGACCAGCCUCCUGCUGGAGAUCGGGGAGGUGGGCAAGCUCUUCGUCACCCAGCCUCCGAAGGAGGCUGGCGGCGGGGGCAGCGGAUCCUGCAGCCAGGGCCUCUUCUCCAAGAAAGGGCCAGGCCAGCCUUACGGGGUGGAGUCGGUGGAGCCCCAGCCGGCCAGCCUGGCGGGUGACAGCGAGGAACACUCGCUGGGAGGGCAGAUGGAAGACAUAAAGCUGGAGGACUCCUCGCCCCGGGACAACGGGGCCUGCUCCUCCAUGCUCAUCUCCGACGAUGACACCAAGGACGACAGCUCCAUGUCCUCCUACUCGGUGCUGAGUGCCGGCUCCCACGAGGAGGACAAGCUGCACUGCGAGGACAUCGGGGAGGACACGGUGCUGGUGCGCAGCGGCCAGGGCACCGCGGCGCUGCCCGGGAGCACCUGCCUGGACCGCGACUGGGCCAUCACCUUCGAGCAGUUCCUGGCCUCGCUGCUCACCGAGCCCGCCCUGGUGAGGUACUUUGACAAGCCCGUGUGCAUGAUGACCAGGAUCACCAGCGCGAAGAACAUCAGAAUGAUGGGCAAGGCCCUGCCCUCGGCCAGCGACUACGAGAUCUCAGCCCUGUCUGGCUGAGCC